AUGCUAUCUGGAAAGGGGUACAGCUGCAUCUGUCAAAAUCCAGAUUCACCCUUGGAAGCUCAGCGCCCGGAGCCCCGUCAACAUUGCCUUGUCCAUGGAAGAUUGGUCAGACGAAACCCAGCAUACAUCUUCAACCUCCAAAUACGGGCGGCGAGCCACUUUGCUCUUGUACUUGCUCCCGCUCCUGCAUCGGAAUCCCGAAGCUGUACCCCUUGUCGUCUUCUACUUUGUAACCCCGUAAUUGAGGUGUGGGACGGAAAGCGUCGCGUGGUGGCUUCAAGCCUUGAUGAAUAUUAUAUUGUGUACACUAAUGAGUUUGCGGAGGUACUGAGUUAUAGGACAGAAGUCAAGGUAAAGGGACUGCUCAAAUGCUCCAAGAGUACAUCUGAGUGGUCGCGUACUGGUUUGCCUGUUAAAAGGACCGAAAAGCCAGAGACGGAGACUGCCUGGCAAACGGCGACAAGAGGGCCUUCCCAGCACUCCACGGUCAGCGACGUCGAUGAGAGAUAG